AUGGCCGAUCAACCGGACGACAACAAGGACAACAUCGACCCGCCUUUACGGCGGAGCCAGGUGUCCUGGGAUGGGUGCGUGGUCAUUCCCGGACCUCUGUCGCAACGCCAGGACGACGACGACGACGACGCCAGCGAGCAGCCCACAGAGGACAGUGAGGAGACAGUCGACUCCCCGGCCUCCCCGGCGGUAGGUCAGCUUGAACGGACCUCAAGCACCAUCAGCGACGCCGUCGACCAAGGCAAGAUCAGAGAUUCCCUAGAACUAAAGAAGUACCAGCCUCCCAACCCACUCGGAGUUCGCAGGUUCUCCGAGCAGGGAGCCACCGACGACAAGAAUUCCAAGAAACCUGAGCUGCUGGAGCCUGAGCUGCUUCAGCUUGGGCUGCCUGCUCAGCCAAGGCCUGCUCAACCGGAGCCUGCUCAACCGGAGCCUGCUCAACCGGAGCCUGCUCAACCGGAGCCUGCUCAACCGGAGCCUGAGCUGCCGGACCCUGAGCUUCCGAAGCCAGUGGAGAUCAACAUGUUCAGCCUGCCAUCGACGAUGCUCCGACUGAGCAACACCCUCCCACGCCGGGCCCCCUACGCCCUGAACUUGAUCAAGCCGUAUCCGAAUCCGACCGGAUGGAAGAACCCGAGGGGAUUCAAAAGGUCAUACACGGCGCCAGCGACCACCGGAUCCAGCCUCGGGCGUGGUAAGUCCGCUGACAACAACAACAACAACAACAACAACAACAACCCCGUCAGCGGUUCGCCGGCUAGCGCCAACCAGGGAGGUCGCAGUCAGCAGCAUCUGUCUGGCACCUUCAACGUCAUGAGCAAGGCCCGCGGUGCUGUCGGACGGUUCUGGAAGUCAGGUGCCUAA